CGGGUUCUAGCUGAGCUAGCUGUAAGUUUGGCCACUCCUAUAAAGCUGGAACAAUUGAAAAUCCAUGAUAAAUAUUUUCUGAAGACGUAAGCAGCAUGAAUGAGGAUAAAGAGGCAAAGCAUGGGGGACAAAAAAAUGGAAAGAAAGAAGGCCUCUCUGGAAGUUCAUUCUUCACAUGGUUUAUGGUAAUUGCAUUGCUGGGCGUCUGGACUUCUGUAGCUGUUGUUUGGUUUGACCUUGUUGAUUAUGAAGAAGUUCUAGCCAAAGCAAAGGACUUCCGUUAUAACUUGUCAGAGGUACUUCAAGGGAAGCUGGGAAUCUAUGAUGCUGAUGGUGACGGUGAUUUUGAUGUUGAUGAUGCCAAAGUUUUACUAGGACUUAAGGAAAAAUCUGCCUCAGCAAAAUCAGUCUUACCUGGACAACCAGACGACCAUUUACAACCAGAAGAUCAGGCUACAAGAAAAUCAGAACACCAGAAUGUUGAAAAUGAAGUGGAAGAAAACAUUCAGUUUGUCCUUAAAGAAGCACUGCAGACACAACAUGAAAAUGACAAGGAAGAAGAGGCAGUUGAAGCAGUAGAAGAACAGCAAAUAGAAAAUGAAGAAGAUAUUCCUAUGAGAAGUGAGUUAGAAGAUAAACUUGAAGACUUGGUAACAGAAACACUUCAUGAAGAAACUGAAGAUAGAUACUAUCAGACAGAAGGGCUUGAGUCAGAUUCAAAUGAAUAUAGUAAGGAUGUGGAAGAGAUUGUAUACAAACAGGAAAAUCCAGAUUACCAGGAGAUUAUUGAACCAGGAGUCAAAGAUACAACACUGGAGUAUGUUACAGAAGACACACCAUACCAACACUAUGAUGAACAAGUCUUUGAACCUCCAGAAAAUGAAAGAACAGAAACUGUUUCAGACAUUGCUGUGGAAGAUUUAAACAUGGGUGUAGAGGAAGGAAAUGUAUCCCCAGUAGAAGAACAGCAUGAAAUACCAUCAGAUACUUAAAGCUUCAAAAAGACUGUCCCUACUACAGGAGGACCAGCCAUAACCUCACGGGGAACAGAUGGCUAUGAUAGCUCUUGUGAAGUGAUUGCUAAGGAGAUCAGUAUCUUUGGGAAGGAACACUAAGAUAUCUUAAAGGAGUGAUAGCCAACUGUCAUAUUAGAACACGAAUAAAACACACACAAACAUUUUAGAAGUAAUUUAUAUCUACCUUUCUGUAUUCAUUUUUUUUGGGGGGGACGGGUGUCAAAUUCAAUGCAUUCAUUGGUUUUGUUUUGCCUCUUUUUUUUCUUGUAAGAGUUAUCUUAAGCAUUUAUGUGUGAUCUUCAAGUAGUUCUUUAUCUUCUAUUAAUAAUAUAGCAGUUAUAGACUUUUGAAAGUUUUUUAAUGUAUAUUUUGUUAUGUGUACUUAGCAGCAAAAUUUGAGAAUAAUUUGGGUGAACUGUUUUAAGUGUAGGAUGCUUUAAAAAUCAUUUUAUAACUGCUAAGGACCAUUUUGGUCAGCACCCUUAAUUAGUAACCCUAACAAGUAUGUGAGCUGUGAAAUUUUGAAAUGCACUGGUUUUUAUCAACGUGAAUUUCAAGCAUUCUGCUAAAAGUGCAAAAAUGAAGCUUUUGUAAAGUACUAUUUGUUUAACUGGCUAUUUAGAAAAUGGCUUAAACUAUUAAAUAUGAAGGUUGGAAUUUCUUAUACAUAAGAUAAACUUAUUUUUCAGUGUGUUGAAGAAAAUGACAUUUUAAAUAUGUAGGCAAAAUGUAAGCUAAUUUAUGAAACACAUUUUGUUCCAACAGACUGAUAGGAUCUUAGCUGUAUUUUUAAUCUACUGUUGAAAUUUUAGCAUUAGAAGUUGCUGGUAUAUAAUUGAAUGCUUGUUUGCCUUUGGCAAGUUUGCUUAAGCUAAAAGUACUUAGCUGUUGAAUAUACAGUGAUGUUAAGAAUAAAACUCUUUCAAAGUCAGUUAUAUCUACCUAUUUUGAUUAACAUUUUUCUAAAUUGAUAUGUAGUCUGUUGCAUGUUGCUAUUUCAUACCAUGUAAGUUCUUUUUUUUUUUUUUGUUACAUCAUUUUAUGUUUAUUUUGGCUCAGAAGCUGUUGCUUGUGGUUAAAAAACACAAUAGAUUGUUUUGUCUGUUAAAAAGAGGUGGAGAAAACUUCACUUGUAGAGAAACAUUAGUGAAGUAAGUCAUAAAUGUAGUUGCCUUCUAAUUGACCGGCACGUAUCUCAAGUAUGUUAAAUACUGUCUCUGAGAGAAACCUUUAUUUUCUGCUGAAAAAAAAAGAACUAAAAUCUGUUUUGUGUUUUUGA